GAAACUUAUUCCGAUCAUGAACACAAAUAUUCGCAAGGCUGGACUUUACUGUUCAGCAUAAAUGCAGGUUAACCUAAAGUCAUCUGGACCAACCAAAACAGUUUGGGAGGAACAUUGCUGUCCCACUAUCCACUAUUCACCAUGACGUUCUCAUCGAGCAAUUUCCAGAAAAGUAUCGAUCAGACACACAAUUAUCUAGUAUGCUAAGAGCUCUGAGCCUCAACUUUUCCAAACUUGAACCAUGAAUUUCAUGAAUUAUCCCUAUUCCCUGGCUGUCUCUUUUUCUAAGAAUUAGACAUACAUUCGAUUAAUUUUCUUGUGCCGACAGAUCGCCAUUCUGCUCUUGGUUAGUAAGGCUAAGGGACGCACCAGUCAUUGUCACAUUAACAAGGGUGUCAAUUUCCUGGAUGCAUCGAAAAAGGCUUCCCACCUUCUCUCAUUCAUAGAAUAAUCUAUGAUCUUGGUAAGUUUUUCAAGGUAUAAAGGCAGGCAAGGGCAAGAAACAAGGAGGCACAACCAUGCAACUAGUGGAUCUCUAGCACAAUGACAAGAGGAAUGGACUUCCUCGAUCGGUAGAAACUCGUUUCUUUUUCUUGUGGGGAGUCCUCGAAACAAACAAUUAGGCAGGCAUUGAUCGCUUUCCUGAUUUUUGAAUUCUUUUCUUAUAUGGUCUUACGAUAUAUUUUUUUUGCUGUGUUCUAAUGGAAAAAAAUCUCUCUCUCUCUCUCUCUCUCUCUCUCUCUCUCUCUCUCUCUCUCUCUCUCUCUCUCUCUCUCUCUAAUUACAAGAAGGUCCCACGUUGGUUUUCUUUCUGUGGUGGAUCGUGGGCGUAUGCAUUGCUCUGGGAGUAACAAUAGAUAGAAAUGUAAGAGGGGUGGGGAGGGGACAAAAGGGGGAGGUGGCUGCCCAUAUCCUCAUUUUCGUUCUUACUUCUCCUUACCCAUACACCUUCAUGUUCUGCAACUGAGCCUCUUAAAUCCCCUGAAGUACCUGAGUUUUAUGCUUUCUCACUACAUAAGACGCGACAUGCAUUUCUCCUACUCGCCAAAUUAGUAGAACAUUGUACUUUUCUUGCUAUCUAUCAACCUUUCAUACCUUUUAGAUCGACUAUCUUUCAUAGAAUGUCAGUCACUUCUUGUCUUCUUCUUUUCCUUCUUUGCGUUUCUAUGCAUGCAUGUAAUGCCCGGGGCCGGCAUCUUCGUGCAGUUGAUAAAAAGCUGGAAAAGAAACGCCACUUUUCCUUCUGGAAUGAUGAGAAGACGGGUUCUGAUGAGAUUUCUGCUGUGUCAAAGGUGAAGCCUUCCUCAUCAAAGCAACAUGAAAUGGGAAGAAGGGAGAGCAUAGCAGGAAUCCUCUCAAGUGAAAACACUCCAAAGCAAAACGAGACAAGGACUGGCCAGAAAAUACCUAAAGUGGGAGGAAAAACUUCAGGUGCUGUUCAAACUGAGUCUCUAGAAUCGGUUUCUUGGCAUGUUCCCCACAAGAAACGCAGUGGAAAAGAUCCUGGGUUCAACUUGGACUACUCACCACCAAAGACACACCCUCCUUCUCACAACUGAGUAAUAGUUCUGAUCGAGGAAAAAAAAAAAGGUCCCUUCUACUUCAAUCAUUCUCAGGGUUCUGAAAAACAUGAUAUCGAUCAGUACUGAAGAACUUGUAGGGCCUCUCGCUUAUCCUAGGUUCAAGUGUUCUGGUAUUCUAAACUUGGCACCUUAUAUAUGGCUAGCUGUAGGACAUAGGCUCUUAAAUCUCAUGUGUUAGCAAGCCUUUUAUCACUUAUUAAUAUACAUCAUGAUCGAUAA